UCGAGUCUUCUGGGAGGAGUGACAGCCACCGACACGCACGAGUGCCUCAAUAUUUUAGAGGAAGGUGAUACUGUUACAGGUUAAGGAAUACGUCCAAUUCAUUUCCGCUAGCUAUCGAAACGCUUUCUUAUUGUGCGCUACUCUGUUCAGAAGGUCGCGCUUAAAAGAGGUGUGCACAGCACUGUAGUCGGAGUACAAUGAGGUUUCCUAUGUUGAUCAGCCUGUUAAGGCCGAUCGGCCCGGUUAUUAUCGGGAUCUCGCUGGGAUUUACUCUGAGUUUGCUGAGUGAGAGCUGGGUAGAAGAGAGCUGUGUUAUUAACUCUAUAACAGAUGAAGGAAUCAUUUUAUCCCAGGAUGGAAGUUUGAAAGGAGCCCGGAGACCCAACUCUAUUUCCACUGGGAAUGAUGAUGGUGAGGAGGAGGAGGAUUUCCAGCCGAGAAUAAUCCCAUUUAAACCAGUUGAACAGUCACAGCCAAAGAAAAUUUUCAGGGCGAAAUACAUCAGCACAGAGCUGGGAAUCCGAGAGCGGCUUUUCGUGGGAAUAAUUACCUCCAAAAACACCAUCAACACUCUAGGUGUGGCUGUCAACCGCACCAUCAGCCAUCAUCUGGACAACGUUGUGUUCUUCACCGGUACGCGAAGCCGCAAGAUACCCCACGGGAUGGUUGUGGUCACCCACGGUGAUGAACGCCUCAUCUGGAACAUGUUCCAGACCAUCAAGUACAUUCUAGAACAUUAUAUCACAGAGUACGACUGGUUCUACCUCGCCCAGGACGACACGUACACUCAGGCGGAUCGAAUCAAGGCUCUGGUGGAUCACAUGAGUAUAGACCGGGUGCUGUACAUGGGCAGUCCAGAAGUGUUCAUCGGAGGUGAGAUGCAGGGGCGGUAUUGCUACGGGGGUUUUGGAUUCCUGCUGUCCCGAAGUCUUCUGCUAAGGCUCCAGCCCUUCCUGGAGAACUGCAGGAAUGACAUCCUCAGUGCGAGGCAUGACGAGUGGCUCGGGCGAUGCAUCAUUGACUAUGCUGAUACCAGCUGCGUGGAACAAUUUGAGGGGCAGAAGUAUUAUUAUUAUGAAAUGGGAAAAAAUCCUGAUCCCAGUAAGGAAGAUAAUGUGCAGUUCAACAAUGCAUUGACCGUCCACCCAGUGUCUGAUCCUGAGCAGAUGUACAGACUUCACAAACACUUUACUGAGAUCCAGCUGCAGAAGACAUAUGAGGAGAUCGAAAAACUGCAGGCGGAAAUAAAAAAUGUGAGUGUGGUGGCUUUCGAGGGCAACCGUAGUGCAUUGUGGCCAGUUGGAAUCAAUCCACCCUUUGAGCCAAAGACACGUUUCGAGGUCCUACGGUGGGAUUACUUCACCGAGGAUCAGGUGUACUCCUGCAUCGAUGGUUCUCCGAAAUGCGAGCUCCAUGGAAUCGAUAAGCUGGACGUAGCUGAUGUCAUUGAGACGGCGAUGGGAGAGCUGAACAAGAAGUACAAGCCUGUUCUGCACCUGAAGAAGCAGAAGUUUAUUAAUGGAUACCGACGCUUUGACCCCACUAGAGGGAUGGAGUACACCCUGGACCUCCAGCUGGAGGUGGUUAACCAGAAAGGACACAGUCGCUCUAUCACCAAGAGGGUCCACCUGGUGAGGCCUCUCAGUCGUAUUGAGAUCAUCCCCAUGCCUUAUGUUACAGAAGCAACUCGAGUCCAUAUCAUCCUCCCCGUCACUCUUCAAGACCGAGAGCGCGUUCGCCGGUUUUUGGACGUGUAUGCCACAAACGCUUUUGAAACCAGUGAGAAUGCCAUCUUGACCUUUCUCUUUAUCUACACUCCAUUUGAGGCCCAACAAGUCAACCAGAAUGACAUCUUCGCCAGCGUCAAAGCGCAGAUCAGUGCUUAUGAGCACCGGUAUCCUAUGUUCAAAGUCCCCUGGAUCAGCGUUAAAAGCGGAAGUCCCUCACAAAUCAAAUUUAUGGACCUCAUCUCCAAGAAGCACCCGGUUGACACGUUGUUCUUCAUCGCCACUGUGGAAACCAGCGUCAACUCGGAGUUCCUCAAUCGCUGUCGGAUGAACUCCAUCAACAACUGGCAGGUGUUUUUCCCCAUCCAUUUCCAAUUCUACAAUCCCCACAUUUCUUAUCAUAACCAGUCUCUUCCCAAUACGAUGGAUUUGGUCAAAGAGUCCGGCCACUUUGAUCGCAGUUCCUUCACAGAAGCAUGUUUCUACAACUCGGACUACAUGAUGACCCGGACCCGCAUGUCUUCAGAUGUCCAGGAGAAUGAGGAGAUCCUAGAGAACCUGGAUAUAUAUGACAUAUUCGUCAGAUACUCUGGCCUCCAUGUUUUCCGAGCAGUCGAGCCGGCCCUGAAUCAGAAAUACAGUUACCAGCCGUGUAAUCCUCAUCUUAGUGAAGAUAUCUACCAGAGGUGUGUGCAGAGCACCCUGGACAGCCUUGGGUCACGCUCUCAGCUCGCCAUGUUGCUGUUUGAACAGGAACAGGGCAACAGUACUUAAAACCAAACCCUGAAGAUUGAGAGAGGACUGAGAGGACAUAAAUGACUUUUGUACUGUACUUUUGGCUGAUACUUUACUAGUAGUCGUUCUGUGGCGUCACAGUGCUAAACAAUCAAAAAUGCUGUCGGAAAGAAAGAGUAAAAACUUAAGUCUGUUUAAAAAUGACAUGAGGGGAUUUAUCAUUUACUGUCAUUCUCUUUGGAGCAGAUUGGUUUUAUGUUGGCUCUUAAACCAUGCAGCUGUUAGCUGUUGAAAUGAUCACUACCGUAACAUAUCUAGAUCGCCGUGGCUUCAAAAAUAUGCUGUCCUUUUCGUAACACUUUUGUCUUGUCAUCACAGACACUUUUGCUCAAGCAGAUUUUUUUUUUUAAAGGAGUUUUAAUGAUUGUUUAAUGUAAACGUUUUUUUGUAGAAUGAAGAAACCCUAUCUAGAUUCUAACAAUAAUGGUAGUGGGUUUAUUUUUGAUGAAAUGUUUUUAAAUGCUUCAGUCAGUUCAAUUCUUCAGUCGAAUCCUAUGCUGAUUUUAAGAAGGUAAAAUCAAUGUCUUAUUGACCAUUAGUGCCAUAAAACAAAGAAAUGUCAAGACAGUUUUUUGAAAGUUUCAAACACUAUUUUGCCCAAAGCAUUUUAGCCAGCAUGUCUCCAUACUCUAUGUAAUUCAUGCUUAAAUUCUAACAAGAGAACACGGAUGCAAAUAUCUGCAUUUUAAUGCAUAUAAAUAUUUGUACCAUUGAAACCACCUCAAAAAGAUUUUUCUGAUGAUUCAAAGUAAACUUGCACUAAAACUUUCAUUGCUAGACUGUCUUGUAUAUCAUAAUGCUGCACAAUACGCCUUUUACAGCAUUUCAUUCUGUUCAAGAAAGAUUGUAGGGUGCACUGCACGGUUAUAGUUAGUUCCUGUGCUGUCUACCAGAGGUGAGUGCAAUACUGUUCAGAUGGUGCAGUGUAUUGAGUCUUGUGAAAAAUGUGUUUUCAUGACAAUAUGUUGUGUCGUAAAAUUCAGAUUUGUUCUUGCAAAGGGAGUGUAUUAAGCCUUGUUCUAUUUUUGUGGGUCUCCUUUUUAUCCCUAUUUCUUGGUACAUGUGUUUACUGUAUUGACUUAGUGUUGUGUUGAAAUUUUCUUGUUAUUUUAUAUUUAAGCAAUCAUAGACUUUAUGCAGUACACUGACAACAUUUUACACAAGUGACUUGUGUUACACAAUAUCAUGAUGCUGGAUGUCAAAUUAUUUUGCGUACAAAGGCUGUGAAAUAGGUUUUACAAUGUACGUUUUGAAAUGACACAUGCACAACAUGAAUUGAUGCAUCAGAAAAUGAGCACAGAUUGAAGCCACUACUGGCCUUUAGGGGUCAGCAAAGGAGCGUGGGAUUCCCUGCUUCUCAGAUAAUGUAGACUUUCACAAGACUAUUUUUUCUUUCAACCUUUGUUGUUGUUUUUUCACUAUAUAUUUCUUUAUAAAUCUAUUGUAUUUUGUUUUAAUGUUAUUGUACAAAAUGUUUAAUAAAGAUUUUAUUUUAGGGCUCA